ACCAGUUUACACGCAUGAUUUUGUUUUGAAAUAACAAUGAGCUUGGACAUAAUUAAGCAAGGCGCCGAGGGACGGCUCUAUCUGGGCGAAUUCAAGGGUGAGCCUUGCCUGAUAAAGGAGCGCUUUGUCAAAAAGUAUCGCCAUCCCGACCUGGAUGCACAAAUUACGCGGCAACGCAUGAAGGCGGAGGCAAAGGCCGUUGGACGCUGCCAGUCCGCCGGCAUCCUGACACCACGCAUACUACACUCGGAUCUUAACUCUCACAAGUUGUACAUGGAGUUUUUUGAAAACGCACAAACUGCCAAGCAGUAUAUACAAGAAACUGUGGCUGAUAGCAAAUCGGAGCAAGCGCAACAGACAUUGGAGCAGCUGUGCUCGCGCCUAGGUUCUAUUAUUGGUCAAAUGCAUUCGCAAAAUAUUAUACACGGUGAUCUGACUACUUCAAAUGUGUUGAUUAAUCCAAAUGCAAAUGCCAAAGAUGGCUAUGAUAUAAUCUUUAUCGACUUCGGAUUGAGUCAUUACAACCAAGCUACCGAGGAUAAGGGCGUGGAUCUAUACGUGCUGGAGCGUGCCUUACUAAGCACGCACAGUGAGCAGCCUUACCUCUUCGAGCAUAUACUGCAGGCUUAUCGUACACACUGUGGUCAGGAUGAAGCAGCGGUGUUGGCCAAAUUCGAGGAAGUACGCGCGCGUGGACGUAAACGCACCAUGUUGGGUUGAAUAUU